GCUUCGGGUCAGAUUUCGCUGCGUACGCGCCAAACUUGGUACUGCAAAUAUUUACCACCCAAUUUUAAAGACCAGACCUUUGGGGACCAAUUAGCACCAAGGACAGGAACAGUAUAUUACAGACCAGUUGUGCAGAACCAUGACUAAGUGUUGAAGAAUUGAAGACCUUCGGCAAGAAAUCAGCAAGAAUCAGCCAAUGAUGACGGAAGAAAGGUUUGCGCACCUGGGUAACAGCCAUGCUGUGAGUUGCGAGGACCUGUUAGCGAGCGACGACAAAGACGAGACCAUGGCAGACAGCGGUCAGCCGAACCCUGGGUACCAAGAGGGACAGGCCCAGGCGGAAGGAGGUGGUGCUGCUGGUGGGGAGAGCAGCAGCGCCCCCAGGCAGAGACACCCAUCACUGCAGGACCAGAUGAACAAGGUUCUGACACCAGUGGAGAAGUUCCACUUGCCCUCAGUCUCCCCCAUACCCACCCACAGUUCAAGGGUUAAACAACUGCAUGUCGAUGAAGACGACUAUCAAGCCCACAGGAAUGUCCAUCUUCACGUGCACCAUCCUCUCAAGACCCACAUCCACCGCAGAUACUCCUCGCCUUCUAUAGAGGACACAGAUGUCUCCAAGCCGAGAAAAGGAUCCAAACGGCACCGCAAGGAAAAGCCUAAGGAUGCAAAGAAGCCUUGCGAUGUUGAAAUGGUAAUGAUCGAUGUGGACAAUGGCUCUGAAGAUGUUAAAGAGAAGGAGGAAGAGAAAGCGGAGACGUCCGAUUCGACGAAGGCUUCGAUCGUCAGGACGGAUUCGUACGAAGCAGCUGUAAGAGGAUUUCCCGACCUAGGAGCAACAGCUGAGAGUGAAGAAAGCCUAACAAGCAAGCUCUGCAAGGAACCCUCCAAUGCUUCCAUCAAAGCACCGUCCAAGACGUCUUCCAAGGAAUCCAUCCAAGACACAGCAAGUUCUGAGGUUUCGGGAAGUGAUGCUCUUCAAGAAAAGACCCCUGGAGAGUCAGUUGAAGAGCCUGAGACUGUGACAAGCGCCAUAACUGAAGCGAGGGCAUCGCCUGAGCCAAGUUCGUCCAAAGAAUCUGCGACAAGCUUGGGAAGCGCCAAGGCUGCUCUGGCGAAAGUGUUAGCCCGAAAGGACUCUGGGAGGGAAAGUAACUCCGAUGCCGACCCAAACGUCCGGCCGUCCCCGAGUCAGGUAGCUCUGUUAAGGGGUGACAUCAGCAGAGAGAAUUCCUCAAAGGAACUGAAGAGCAUCCUUAAGAACUCGUCGUCCUUUAAGACGCGCGAAGACUCGCAGAAGUCGUUGGUGGAUGGCGCUGAUGCGGUGGCGGCAGGAGACAACACGGGAGACGUGGAUGUGACAGCCUCGCAGAAGAAAGCAACUUUUAUAAUAGGAGGAGAUGUUGAGGAGGAUGAUCACGAAGAAGCUGUGUUCACCUUGGUGACAACAGCAGAAGAAGAUGCUAAGAAUUCGGAAGCUGACGACAGACUCAAAGAGAAGUUACUACAGGAAGAACGCAGUGAGAUGCCACACUUCCGUGAGGGUGAGAAGGAUGCCUAUAAGAGGAAGAGUCAUAGACACCAUCAUGGCCAUCACCAUAGCCAUCACCAUGGGCACCAUCAUCAUCAUCACCAUCAUCACAAGAAGGUUCCCACGCCCAUGGACAGACUGCGUAUCGGCAGCAUGACCAAGAUGGACGCCGAGAUCUAUCACAAGAUGCCCACGGAACAGGAGGAGGCGCAGAAACUACUUACGCCGGAUCUCAACGAGAUGAUCAGCCAUCGUCUUGAAGACGUCCCCGGCCGGAGGAGACACAGGAUUAAGAAGCCCAAUGUCAGCUCCAUGGUGUACAUCGGGAAACAGAGCAAGCCCCAGAAGAAAAUAUCAGUGCAGGCCAAGAAGUCAUUGGACAGGAGUCCUCAUGAGGUGUUUGUGGAACUGGACACGCUGCAUGCCACAGGUGAAGAGGGGGAGCUGGUGUGGAACGAGAGCGCUCGGUGGAUCAAGUUUGAGGAGGACGUCCAACAGGGAGCGGAGCGGUGGGGCAAACCCCACGUUUCCUCGCUGUCCUUCCACAGUCUACUGGAGCUCAGGAAGGGGCUGGAGCAAGGCUCUGUCCUAUUAGACCUGAAUGAGACGGAGCUGCCCAACAUCAUGCACCAUGUAGUGGAGAACAUGAUCAUCACAGACCAGGUCCGACCUGAGGACAGGGGUGACAUCAUGAGGGCUCUUCUGCUUAAACACAGCCAUCUCUACCAGAAGAAACGUCACAAGGUCAUCCCGUACAACUUCUCGUCUGGAAGCCUGCUGGGUUUCCUCGGGCACCGCGAGGACAGCAUGGCAUCCACCAGUCAGUACUCAGGCGGCUGUCCGUCCGCCACAAGUCUGGACGCCAUGGAGGCGGGGUUAAAGGUCGCCUUACCUGACAACAAUAACCAGUUCACAGUACCAGUGGCUGUUACUCCUACUCUGCACAAGUCCCCAACAGCUAAAUCCACCCUCAGCACCAAGAGUACACAGAUGGACAUAAAGGCCAAGGUCCCUAUCCUGAAGAAGAUCCCUGAAGACGCAGAGGCCACCACUGUACUGGUGGGAGCUGUGGACUUCCUGGACAAACCAACCAUGGCGUUCGUUAGGCUGGCAAGGGGUGUAGAGAUCGGCACCCUGACUGCUGUCCCCCUCCCUGUCCGCUUCCUGUUUGUGUUGUUGGGACCCACCAGUGGAGCUACGGACUACAACGACAUUGGUCGCUCCAUUUCUACUCUCAUGGCUAAUGAGACCUUCCACGAAAUGGCGUACAGAGCGGACGACCGUAGUGACCUCCUGAGGGGUAUAAACGAGUUUCUGGGGGACAGUAUCGUGCUGCCCCCCGGCGACUUCGACAGGCGACUGCUGGAGCCAAUCGCUAGGCUACAGAGGAAACGACUGCGAAGGAGGAGACAGAAACUACAGGAUGAGGAUGGUGUUCUAAAGAAGAGUGUUUCCCAUGAGCCAGAAGAUGACCCCCUGAGGAGGACGGGAGAGUGUUUUGGGGGACUAAAGAGGGACAUCCAGAGGAGGUUUCCCUACUAUGUCAGCGACUUCGUGGACGGUCUGAACUUCCAGUGUCUCAUGGCCUUCUUCUUCAUCUUCUUCACCUGUGUGACACCUGUUAUCACCUUCGGCGGUUUACUGAGCGACAAGACCCAUAACCACAUUGGUGUGUCGGAGAUGAUCAUCGCUACGGCCAUCAGUGGCGGCCUGUUCUCCCUGCUGGCAGGGCAGCCCAUCAUCAUCAUCGCAGCUACCGGACCCUUCCUGGUGUAUGACCAGAGUUUAUACGAGUUUUGUGAAAGUAACGGUAUAGAGUUCAUGACGUGGCGACUGUGGAUUGGCUUGUGGAUACUGGUCAUCUGUAUCAUCACAGUCGCCUUCGAGGGGGGCGUAUUUGUCCGCUACGUCACCAGGUUCACCGAGGAAGUCUUCGCCUUCCUGAUUUCGUUUAUCUUCAUCUACGAAGUCUUCAAGUUUCUAUCGAAGGUGUAUACCAAGAACCCCCUGUGUUCAGACUGCUACUACUACGAUGAAAGCAUAGGUCCACCAGUAUUCAACAGAAACGGCUCGCUAUUGGUCAACACCACCAUCCCCAGCAUCGAAAGCCUCAUGAACAGCCAAUCAAAUAACUCGAGAAGAAUGCCGAUGCCUGCUGCUGUGGGGCCCGCGUAUCUUAACCCGUACGCAGAUCCGGACGGAUACGAGGCGAAGGAAACCAAGAACCAGCCCAACACGGCGCUGAUGUCGACCAUUCUCUGCUUCGGGACGUUCUUCAUCGCAUACUUUCUUAGGAAGUUCAAGAACAGCAAGUUCCUUAGUCGUGGGGCCAGAAGAGGAUUGGGAGACUUUGGUCUACUGAUUUCUAUUGUUGUGAUGGUCUGCAUCGACUUCUUUUUCCAGGACGUCUAUACACAGAAACUGGAGGUCCCUGAUGGCUUCACCCCCACAGACCCUAAGCUUAGAGGCUGGAUCAUUAACCCCAUGGGGAAGGACAAGACUAUCCAGGUGUGGGCCAUCUUUGCUGCCGUCAUCCCUGCAUUCCUUGUCUACAUUCUGCUCUUCAUAGAGAUACAAAUCACAGAGAUGAUAAUCAACAAGAAAGAAAACAACCUUAAGAAGGGAUCUGGUUACCACCUGGACCUGUUGUUGAUCUGUGGUACCGUGGCGAUCAGCGGGUUCUUCGGACUCCCGUGGAUGUGUGCGGCGACCGUUAGGUCCGUGUCGCACUUCGAGAGCCUGACAGUGUACAGUAAGACUCACGCGCCCGGAGAGAAACCCAAACUGCUGUCAGUGAAAGAACAGAGACUGACCAAUCUUCUGGUGCAUAUUAUGAUGGGAAUAACCAUGACACUCCAGCCUGUCCUGCGGAGAAUCCCGCUAGCCGUGCUGUUCGGAGUGUUUCUGUACCUGGGGAUCACGUCCCUCGCUGCUACACAGAUAUUCGAGAGGAUCGGCCUCAUGUUCAUGCCUCCUAAACACCACCCCAGCAGUGUACGCUAUGUCAGAAAGGUAAAAACAAGAAAGAUCCACAUCUUCACAGUGAUCCAGCUGGUGUUCAUCACCCUCCUGUGGAUCGUGAAGUCCACCCAGGCCGCCCUGGCCUUCCCCUUCCUGCUGAUCCUGCUCAUCCCCUUCAGGAACCAUGUCAUGAAGAAGUUCUACACUGAGACAGAGAUGGAGGCACUGGAUGCUGAGAGUGAUGGAGAUGAUGAUGAUGAAGAUGUGGAUGCAUAUGACACUGCACGUCUUCCAUUCUAAACAACCAAUCACAAGCCUUGAUCUUCUCCUUCCAGCCAAUCAUAUGUAAGAACACUGACUGCAUGUCACACACACCUGCCAUUCUAAAGAACCAAUGACAAGCCUGGAUCUUCCAGUUCCAGCCAAUCAUAUAUGCCAGAGCACCAACUGCAGGUUUACAAACCUGGUUCUGUCAUUCUGAACAACCAAUCACAAGCCUGGAUUUUCUAGUUCCAGCCAAUCAUAUGUAAGAACACCAACUGCAGCUUCUUUGUGAUUGGUUGAGAGUAGUCUUUAGUUAAUUUGUGUUUGAGACAGUUUGAGAUGCAUUGUUUUAUCAAUUUGAAAUUGAAUUUUGCUCAUGA